AUGGGCUUUUGGGAUGAUGUUGGUGAAGUUUUUGAAGCUGUUGGUGGUGCUACUUGGGAAGUAACAAAGUUCACUGGUAAAGUAGUGGCAACGGGUGCUGCAGCCACAGCAAUUAUUUCUACAGGUGGUUUGGCAGCUCCCGUUAUUGGAGCUGGUGUGUGGUUAGGCGGUAAAGCGGUAGAGGAAAUAGGAAGAGAUUGUGAUUGUGAAUUUGUUGAGGGAUUGGGGGAUUUUAUUGGAGAUGUAGGUUUAGAUGGUCUCACUGGUGGAUUGAUAGGCGCAGGAACAAAAGCAGCUGGUCAUCUAGCAGCACGAGAAAUUGCUAGAAAUGGUCGAAAAAUGACUAAUGGUGCGAAAGUUUUGAUUAAUACUGGUAGAGCAAUAAAGAUAGGGGGUGAUAUAUAUAAUACUUAUGGGAACACAAAGGAAGAAAUUGAAUACCACGCUAGAGUUUAUCAUGGUGCCCAUAAAGGUAGAGGGAGAAGUUAUGAUGGUGACUGCCCAAUAUGCCGUGGGGAUUUGUAA